AUGCGUUCCACAGUGACCCGGUCGCUGUCCAAUGCCACACGAGCUCGGAAAGGGUGCAUUUCCCUUCGCCGAUUCUCCCUGACCACCGGAAAGCAUAAGCUGGUGGAAGCAGAGAAGCAGCGCGAUGGCGAACAAAACCACACAUCUACUAACCUGGAGAGUGGAGAUAAAAGUGCUAUCCUUCACUCAAAACUGGACACGAAACCUCCGACGAUAGUAAGCAGCAAUGGGAACUACCUCAUUGCCGAGGGUGGACGGGAGAUUCUCGACGCCAGCGGUGGUGCUGCAGUGGCUUGUAUCGGUCACAACAACUCCCGCGUCAAUAAUGCCAUAAUGCGUCAGUUGCAAAGCUUCAGCUAUAUCUACGCUCCAUUCUUCACGAGUAAGGCGUCGGAAAAGUUGGCCACGUUGUUAUCCGAAUCGACACAAAAUCAACUAUCUAAAGCUUUUAUUGUCAGCUCUGGUACCGAAGCGAUUGAGGCGGCAUUAAAAAUGGCACGUCAAUACUUUCUCGAACUACCAAACCCGGAACCGUCCAGAACCCGAUUUAUCGCCCGUCGGCAGAGCUAUCAUGGGAACACUCUUGGAUCCCUUUCAUUGGGAGGACAUGUUGGGCGUCGGGCACCUUAUGCACCAAUACUGACUACCAAUGUUUCCCACGUGUCCCCAUGUUACUCAUACAGAGGAAAGAGAGCAGAAGAAUCUGACGAAGACUAUGUUGCCCGACUGGCACAAGAACUGGAAGAUGAAUUUCAAGCCGUUGGCGCAAGUAACGUGUGCGCGUUUGUCGCUGAAACUGUUUCAGGAACAACAUUGGGUUGUGUCCCUCCCGUCGCGGGAUAUCUUCAGGCGAUGAAGGAGGUUUGUGAUCGCCACGGAGCGUUGUUUAUCCUUGACGAAGUGAUGAGCGGCAUGGGCCGCUGUGGCACGCUCCACGCAUGGGAGCAAGAAGGCGUUGUGCCCGAUCUCCAGACGGUUGCCAAGGGGUUGGGAGGUGGCUACGCUCCGAUCGGAGCUCUACUGGUCAACAAGAGGGUUGUUCAAGCUCUGGACAAAGGAACUGGCGCAUUCGUACACAGUCAAACAUACCAGGGCCAUCCAGUCGCAUGCGCAGCCGCCUAUGAAGUUCAGAAAAUUAUCAAGGAAGAGAAUCUGCUUCAGAACGUCCGGAGUUUGGGCGAGUAUCUGGGUAACCGUCUGAAAGAACAGCUUGGCGACCACAAACAUGUAGGCGACAUCCGUGGUCGUGGCUUUUUCUGGGGUAUCGAAUUUGUGAAGAAUAAAGAGACCAAGGAGCCAUUCUUGGCUGAGCAGAAAAUCGCACCUGUGAUCCACAAGACUGGAUUAUCGGAGUACUCAAUUUCCUUCAUCCCUGGUACAGGGGUUGCAGAUGGAAAGAAUGGCGAUAUUAUCCAGAUUGCGCCGCCAUACAAUGCUACCAAAGCAGAUAUCGAUUUGAUCGUUGAACGGACAGCGUUGGUAGUGAAACGGGUACUUGGAUGA